UUCCUUUCCACAUUCCCCCACCCUUCUCUUCCAACCUCUGUUCGGCCCCUAGCUCAAUUCCAGUGUUUGCUGCAGCUGCUCUCCAGCCAUUUGCAGGACCCAAACAACCGCAGCCGCUGUUCCCAGGAUGGUGAUCCGUGUGUAUAUUGCAUCUUCCUCCGGCUCUACAGCGACCAUGAGCUUCUUACUGCCCAGAAUAUGCUUAUACACGAUUAAGAAGAAACAGCAAGAUGUGCUUGGCUUUUUAGAAGCUAACAAAAUAGGAUUUGAAGAAAAAGAUAUUGCUGCCAAUGAAGAAAAUCGGAAGUGGAUGAGAGAAAAUGUACCUGAAAACAAUCGACCAGCCACCGGAUACCCCCUACCACCUCAGAUUUUCAAUGAAAGCCAGUACCGUGGGGAUUAUGAUGCCUUCUUUGAAGCCAGAGAAAAUAAUGCAGUGUAUGCCUUUUUAGGCUUGACAGCCCCACCUGGUUCAAAGGAAGCAGAAGCGCAAGCAAAGCAGCAAGCAUGAAACUUAAACAUUCUGCCUUAAGCAUCGUGGAAAAGGAGUCUCCAUUGUUUUUAUAAAAUAACAAAAUUAUCUUGGCUUCAAAAGAAAUAGGCUUAGUGUUGAAAUAAUAGAUUAGUUGGUGUUUUCGCAUGCAAACAAUCAAAAUGAAUACAUAAUUAAAUGUGAAUGUUAUGAUGAGGAGAAUGUGAGAUGAACGUAAAAUUUUAAGUAGAUGUCAUAGAAUAGUUUUGUUAUCUGCCAGGGCAUUUUGUGUACUUCAAUGAUUUUUAAAAGCAAACACUUGUGUAUUUUGUUGGUAUUAUUAUUGCAGCUUAAGUAUAUCUGUAGCUCUACAUUGAGGAAUUUCAAAAGGGGAGAGAGAAUCUGUCUUUUGUUUCCAAAUUGCCUCAUUAAUUUUAGGGAACAAAAACAUGUAUCUUUUUUAUGUGACAUUAUUGUGACUAAAAAGUAGUUGCAGGCAAUUUUUGUGAUAUGGAAAACACUGUAAUUUCCUAUAGUAAUUAUGACAUUCCCAUUCUUUUGUAGUUGAAACUUCUAUGUACUGAACUACAGGUUUUUCAGGAUUCUAAAUGUAGCCUUUCUUGCACAUUUAAGUGAUCAGAACAGAUAACCUCCCACAAAAAAAAAAUGCAUUCAUUUGACAGAUUUCUUGCUUAACUACACAGCUCUGAUGUAAUCAUAUUUCGAAGUUGCUUGCUGCUGUGAAAUAUGCAUAUGUAUGUUAUGGAAGUGGGAUGGUAAGUACAUUUAAAGAGGCAACCUUUUGUAAAGAGCUCAGACUUUUAAUUAACUGUUAUAAAAUAUGUCAACAUUAAUUGCCUAAGUCUGUUUUUUGGGGGUCUUUGCUAGCAGUAUCUUAGUAGGUUCCCCCUUUUAAAACAAAUUGUUAUCACAAAUGCCACUAUCUCGCAGAUAUUUGACCUUUGUAUUUCAUCAUGGCCACAUAUUGUAUGAAUACAUUAAUCUAAGUAUAGAGAGUAUUUUCUAUGCCUCUUUUCCAGAGAAUAGCACAAGCAUCAAUUUUAAAAUGUUAAUUCUAAAGACUUCUAAGAAGAAAAGAAAUAUCAUCCUUAAUUACUUACCCAGAAAAUAUACAUAUUGUGCUUUAGUUCCACACUACUUUAUUAAUAAAACACCUUUUAAAAUUAUGUUAUCAUUGUCAUUUGAUGUAUUCAGGUAUGUGCUCUGUGCUAAAAUCAACAUAUAAUGAAGACAUGGCUUUGUUUACUGUGAUUCAAACUUGAUGUUAUGCUUGAAAAUAAACUCAAUACUUUUAGAAAUAUAA